AUGGUUGACCUUUGGGUGGCAGAGGGACUAGUUGAUUCACGAGAUCAGGGGAGCAAGACAAUCGAAGAAAUUGGCAGGGAUUACUUCAAUGAGAUGGUGUCUGGAUCUUUUUUUCAACAAGUAUCUGAAAGAUAUAUGGGCACAUGGUACGUUAUGCAUGAUCUCCUGCAUGAUUUAUCAGAGUCGCUCACUAGAGAAGACUGCUUCAGAUUAGAAGAUGAUGGGGUGAAAGAAAUACCCAUAACUGUUCGACAUCUAUCUGUUCGUGUUGAGAGUAUGAAGUUCCAUAAGCAAAGUAUCUGCAACCUACGUUGUUUACGCACUGUUAUUUGCCUUGACCCACUUACGGAUGAUGGAGAUGAUCUUUUCAAUCAGUUACUGAAGAAUCUGAAGAAGUUGCGUGUACUAAAUUUGUCGUUUUACAACAGUAGCAGGUUACCUGAAUCUAUUGAUGAGCUUAAGCACCUUCGGUAUUUGAAUAUCAUCAAAACACUUAUUUCUGAACUGCCAAGAUCAUUGUGUUCUCUUUACCACUUGCAGUUACUUCAGUUAAACAAAAAGGUUAAGUGUUUGCCUGACGAACUCUACAAUUUAAGGAAGUUACGACGCCUUGAAGCAUAUGACGACAGAAUUGAUGAAUUGCUAAAAGAAGAUCUGCCUCAGAUUCCUUACAUAGGCAAGCUAACUUUGCUGCAACAUAUAGAUGCAUUUUGUGUGCAAAAGAAGAAGGGAUAUGAGUUGCGACAACUGAGGGACAUGAACGAGCUUCAUGGUGAUUUGUCUAUUAUGAAUCUUGAAAAUGUCGCUGGAAAGGACGAAGCCUCAGAGUCGAAGCUGCGUCAGAAAACUCGUCUUACAAGUCUGCGUCUUUCCUGGAAUCAUGCGGAUGGUAUGGAUGUUUCACAUUUGGAGACUCUAGAAAGCUUGAUGCCGCCAUCUCAAUUGGAAAACCUUACAAUUGAAGGUUACAGAUCCGGCAUGUAUCCAAGCUGGUUAUGUGAUGGCUCCUGUUUUGAGACUCUAGAAUCGUUUAAACUUGUUAAUUGUAGUGAACUAGGAAGCCUACCCUCCAAUACCAAGAUCUUUAGACACUGUGCGAGACUUGCCCUUCAGAAUCUCCCGAAUAUGAAGACACUGUCUUUUCUACCAGAAGGUCUCACAAGCCUAUCAAUCAACAAGUGUCCACUGCUUCUGUUUAGUACCGAUAACGACGAACUGGGACAUCAUAGGGAGAGUAUCAUGAGGGCAAGCAACCUGGAAACGCAAAUCAUUUUGAUCGGAGAAGCGGAUUGUGAUUCAUCAGAUAUCAGGGACACAUUGUCGUCUGAAUAUUCAUCUAUGAAGCAGUUGAUGGCAUUGAUGGAUGCUGAUAUUUCAGGAAAUCUUCAGACCAUUGAAAGUGGUUUAGAAAUAGAGGGAGAUGUUAAGUCAAAAACCUUAAAGAGAGAGGAAGCAUUGGUUAAACAAGACAUCAUCAAAGCAUGGCUGUCUUGCCACGAGGAGAGGAUGAGAUUUCUUUAUUCAAGGAAGCCUCGGUUGCCGUUGAUUCCACCAUCAGGACUUAGCAACCUCAACCUUUCCUCGUGCAGUAUUACAGAUGGAGCUCUAGCUAUUUGCCUUGGUGGACUCGCUUCACUUAGUAAUUUGUCCUUAACGGAGAUUAUGACUUUAACUACACUUCCAUCGGAAGAGGUCCUUCAACAUCUGGGGAAUCUUAACUUCUUGUGGAUUAGUUCCUGCUGGUGUCUCAGAUCGUUGGGGGGCUUGCGAGCUGCUACCUCUCUUUCAGAGAUAAGAUUAUUUUCCUGCCCUUCUUUAGAGUUGGCACGUGGUGCAGAAUUUAUGUCAAUGUCCCUUCUGAGGCUAUGUGUAUACAGCUGUGUGAUUUCAGCUGACUUCUUCUGUGGUGACUGGCCGCGUCUGGACUAUAUUCUCUUAUGCAGGUGCAGAAGCUCGGCGUCCUUGUACGUCGGUGAUCUUACCUCCCUCACAUCAUUCUCCCUAUAUCAUUUCCCAGAUUUGUGCACGCUGGAAGGCUUGUCUUCCCUACAGCUUCACCACGUGCAUUUGAUAGAUGUCCCAAAGCUUACUACCGAGUGUAUCUCACAGUUUCGGGUCCAGGAUUCACUCUACAUUAGCAGUUCUGUGAUGCUGAGCUGCAUGCUCUCCGCUGAAGGUUUUACAGUUCCAAAGUUUCUCUCUCUUGAAAGAUGCAAGGAGUCAUACGUUUCAUUCGAAGAAUCUGCAAAUUUCACAUCGGUCAAGUGUCUGAGAUUAUGUAACUGUGAAAUGAGGUCCCUACCAGGAAAUUUGAAUUGCUUGUCAAGUCUAAAGAAACUUGAUAUCUAUGAUUGCUCCAACAUAUCAUCUCUACCAGAUCUGCCGUUCUCCCUCCAGCAUAUAUGUAUAUGGGGUUGUGAGCUCUUAAAGGAGAACUGCAGAGCACCUGACGGAGAAAGCUGGCCAAAGAUUGCGCAUAUCCGCUGGAAGGAAUUCAGAUGA